AGAAUCAGCAUUGAAGUAUGAGGAGGAUAACGUCCAGACUGCAGUCAGCUCAAGCCAAUCGAUGCAAGAGGUGCUCAUUUAUGUGAGGCCUCUUUGAAUUUCACCUGUGUGAACUAGGUUCAUCAUCUCUCGCUGAAUCCAGCCAAGUCCAAGUUAGAUAUUAAUUUACAAUGGUGUCCAGUGGCAACGAUUUCGAGCUUUUUCAAGCGUGCCUCAUGGAAGUUCAGACCCUCGAGAAUGAAGCUCAAGAUCCAACAAGCCAAUCGUGGCAGGAUCUCCGGGAUUUUGUCGACCAAACCUUGGCGCCUUUGGAACCUGGGUCCAUGUCCAUGGCUAUGUGUAGCCAAUCCUGCCCGACUGACUAUGAUCCCGAUGUGGAUUUCAUCAUGAACAUCUUGAAUGAAUCCUCUACGCCCACUAGCCAUGAAACCACCCUUGAAGCUCGCCCAAUGAUGCCUACCCCGAUAUCGAGGGUGGAACUCGAGAAUACACCUGAAAGACGUACAGAACCGACCUCUGAAGAGGACGAAGAUGCAGAUGAGGACUUGGAGGAAGAUACGGAAUCAAACCCUGACACAAGUACCGAGAAAGCCAAGAUCACAGUCUGGCUGGACCGUUUAAUCAACAACCCACAUUAUAACCCAAGGGUGAUCAAAUGGGAGAACAAAGAAGAGGGUCUCUUUCGGAUCGUGGACCAAACCGAACUCGCUCGAUUGUGGGGCGAGGUGAAAAACAAUCAAAGCAUGACCUAUGACAAGUUCAGUCGGGCAAUGCGGUAUUAUUACAAACGUCAAGAGCUCGUGAUCGUGCGGAGAAAGCUAGUGUACAAAUUCGGUCCUCGAUCCCCCAUGUUCAAGACCAAUAUGAAGCCCCCAAGCUCUCCGGGCUCUCAAUAUCGAAGUCGGCAAGCCCAUCGUGGAUGAGAGAAAGUCGAUGGAUCGUGAGCGAACCAAUCACCGAGUCAAAACACAAUUGCAACUUUCUAGCCUCCUCAUUCCUCAUUCCCGAGUACCUUUUAAUUAAGCAACACUACAACGAGCAAUCAACUUCAAAUCUCCGUCAGAUGGUUACUUAAUCGAUAAGAUAUUGUAACAAAAAGCUAAAUAAAUGUAUGUUUAUAAUGGACGUGCUGCCUAGUUAAGUAUGAAUGGAUUGUUCAAGGGGUAUUGAUUUGUUAUAUCUUCUUGAAGCUCAAGGGCGAAAUCGAUGGUUUAUGAAAAAUAAUAGAUCACAAGUGUUAACAUUGGAUAUUUUUGAAAAAACGAUGCCAUUGAGUUGUGGAAAAGCCUUCUUAGUUUUGAGAAUAAAAUGACUACUCAGGUGGAUGGGCAUACAA